AUGCCUCAUUUUUCAUGUGAUUCAUGUGGACAUGUCUUAAAGAAAGCACAAGUUUCAACACAUACAUGGAAGUGUAGAUUUGCAUCAUAUUCAUGUACACAAUGUGGUGAGAGAUUCUCAAAUCAAGACUACACUAAACACAGUGUUUGUAUGACUGAAGAAGAGAAAGUCAUGGGUAAAUACUAUAAAGGACCUAAAUAUCAAGCCAAUAACAAGAAUAACAAUAAUGGAAAUAAUAAUAGUAAUAAUAGUAAUGGCAAUGGAAAUGGUAAUCAUAAUAACUCAAAUCACAAUAAUAAUAAAAACAGUAAUAAUUAUAAUAAUAACGGUAAACCAGAUAACAAUGAUAGUAUAACAAAUAAUAAUGAUAAUAAAAGAAAAUUAGAAACAAAAGAGAAAGAAUCAAACAACGAUAAAGAGAAUAAUAGUAAUAAACAAUUGAAAUCAGAUAUUAAGCAAGAUGUAAAGAGUAAUAAAAAGAAUAGUAAUGAUAGUGAUAGUGAUAGUGACAGCUCAUCAUCUUCAUCUUCAUCAUCAUCAGAAAGUGAAAAAGAAGAUAAGAAGAAAAAAGUAGAAUCAUCAUCAGACUCAAGCAGCAGCAGUGACAAUGAUAGUAGUUCAAGUAGCAGUGAUAGCGAUAGUAGUGAUAGUGAUAGUGAUAGUAAAGCUAAAGCCAAGACAAAGAAAGAGUCAAAAGAUAAAUCAGAUUCAGAUUCAGAUUCUUCAUCAUCAGACUCAAGCAGCAGCAGCAGCAGCGAUAGUAGUGAUAGUGAUAGUGAUAGUAGCAGUGAAAGUGAAGAUAAAGUUAAAGUUAAAGAGCUAAAACCAAUAAAGAAAGUAGAUAGCAGUGAUAGUAGUGAUGAAAGUGAUGCUGAGAAAUCAAGUGAUAGCAGUAGUGAUAGUGAUAGUGAUAGUAGCAGUGAAAGUGAAAGUGAAAGUGAAAAGAAAACAAAUACAAAGACAGUUGCCGAGUCAGAUUCUUCAUCCUCCGAUAGUGAUGAUUCUUCAUCAUCCUCCGAGAGUGAAGAAGAAAAGAAAGAUAGUGGUGCAAAAGAUGACGAUAGCAGUAGUAGCGAUGAUAGCAGUAGCAGUGAGAGUGAUGAUGAAGGUGGUAGCAGUAGCAGCAGCAGCAGCAGCGAUAGCAGUGACAGUGAAAGUGAAAAAGAUACUAAAGCCGACGUCGUUUCUAUUAAAAAGAAAGAUUCAUCAUCCUCAUCGUCUUCAUCUUCAUCGUCGUCGAGCAGCGAAAGCGACAGUGAUAGUGAUAGUGACAGUGAUUAA